AUGGCACCAAAAGCCGAGAAGAAGCCUGCCGAGAAGAAGCCUGCUGCAGAGAAGAAGCCUGCGGCAGAGAAGGCCCCAGCGGCAGAAAAGGCACCGGCGGAGAAGAAGCCCAAGGCCGGGAAAAAACUCCCCAAAGAAGCCGGCGCUGCAGCCGGUGACAAGAAGAAGAAGCGUACGAAGAAGAGCGUUGAAACCUACAAGAUCUACAUCUUCAAGGUUUUGAAACAGGUCCACCCUGAUAUAGGGAUUUCAAGCAAGGCCAUGGGAAUCAUGAACAGUUUCAUCAACGAUAUAUUCGAGAAAUUGGCCCAGGAGUCCUCAAGACUCGCCAGGUACAACAAGAAACCUACCAUUACUUCUCGCGAAAUUCAGACUGCUGUUCGUUUGGUUCUGCCUGGAGAAUUGGCCAAACACGCUGUUUCCGAGGGUACCAAGGCCGUUACAAAAUUCACAAGCUCCUGA